GGGUCCAGGAAGGCAAGAGGCGUUGACGGCCUCGGCUCGGGCGACCUGGAGGGGCUGCCGACCGUGGGCCGCGACGAGCUGCGGCCCCUGCUGGCGCGCUGCGAGGAAAGGCGCUGCCGGCCGCACCAGCUGAUGGGCGUCGCCGGCGGCGCUCUCCCCAAGGGGGCGGGCGGCAAGCGCGCCGUCGGCCUCCUUCCGCUGGCCCUGGAGAUUUGGUCCCGAGCUCGCUCGGUGGUCGCGUCGGCCUGGGCUGAGGAGCUCGGCGCUUUCUGGGGUGCCGCAGUUCGUGGCUCCAGCGCGGCGCAAGCAGCGCUGGUAUGCAGUCUGCUCGACGAGACGGGCGUCGAGCUGGAGGUGGCGGCCGCCGCCCUCCUGCUGGGCGCGGGGGUCUUCUACGACGCGGUGUCGUUGGUCAAGCAGGUUCAGCUUUUCCUGACGCCGCGCUGCCUGGAGGACAGCCGCCCUGGGAAAUUCGCGCAGGCGGGGGCGGCCCGCUCCAUCGUCGCGGACUCGGCGCGCAGGGUCUCCUCUGGCAAGCUGUACCCCAGCCAGUUGAUGCAGUAG